AUGCAUUGUGAGUGGCCCAAGUUUCUUUUUAAGUUUUUAACCCAAUUGACCCACAUACCCACUCAUUACCCAAUACCCAUCUUAGCCAAAGAAAAGAAAAGGAUAUCGAUCCUGAAUAGAAAAAAAAAAUCGGCACAACACCUCUGUGAAACGUGCGAACAACGAACGAGCCAACGAGAAGAGGAAAAAAAUCAGCCUCCUUUCCUGCCUCCAUUCAAUCGAUUUUGCUUGGCUUGGCUUCACAAUCCUUUCAAACCUACAAAUACAAUGAAACAAGAUAAAAUUAGGUCCUUUUUUGGAAGAACAAGCAUCAAUAAAUCGAGUGUUAGAGAAUCCUCAAAAAGACCAUGCUCCAAUGAUUUAAGUUUUGAAGAAUCCUCUAAAAGACCAUGUCCUUCUAAUCAAUCAUUCCCUUCAGUUUCUAAUGUAAAUCCACAACCUACAACUACUCCAAUUACAAUUGUUGAAUUGAAAGAUCUUCCAAGAGACCCGGGUGUUAGACCAAAGAUUACAACUUACCAUCCAAAUCAAAGAGAUGAAAUAAGGAGGGCAUAUUUGCUUCAUGGACCAUGUCAACCAAGGGGUCAUACAUUCCUUUCAAAGAAAAUAGGUUCAAAAGAAAGACGUUUUGUUGUUAAGUGGUUUGAUGACUUUGAUUGGUUAGAAUAUAGCAUAAAAGAGAACAAAGCAUUUUGUUUAUUUUGCUAUGUAUGUGGAGACAUGGUGGGAAAACAACUUGGGAGAGAUGCAUUUGUUUCACAAAGUUUUGAUAGUUGGAAUAAAAGACAGUCAUUAAGAGAUCAUAUGGGUGGUAUUGAUAGUUUUCAUCACAAAGCAAAAGAAAAUUAUAAAUUUUUAUUGAAAGAAAAACAAUCUAUUAGUGCAACCUUCAAGAAGCAAACCAAGAUUGAGGAGAGUAAUUAUAAACUUCGUUUAGGUGCUUCAAUUUGGUGUUGUAAUUUUUUAUUGAAAAAUGGUUUACCAUUUCGGGGUCAUGAUGAGUCGAGUGACUCUCUUAAUAGAGGGCUUUUCUUGGAGUUAUUAUCUUUCUUAAGAGACCAUAAUGAAGGCAUCCGCAAUGUUACCUUAGAAAAUGCUCCUCAAAAUAAUCAAGUGACGUGCCCGAGGACUCAAAAGCAAAUUGUUGAAUGCUUUUCAACAAAGAUAGUUGUAGAUAUUUGCAAAGAAAGUGGUAAAGAUGUGUUUUCUUUAUUGGUUGAUGAAUCUAGUGAUGUAUCAAAAAAAGAACAAAUGGCCAUAAUUUUGAGGUAUGUCGACAAUUGUGGAGUGGUGAAGGAGAGAUUCAUUGGAGUGGUGCAUGUGAAGGAUACAUCCUCUUUGACUCUUAAAGCUGCCAUAGAUGACGUUUUUACCCCGCAUUAUGUGCAUUGCUUUGCACACCAACUUCAGUUAGUUAUUGUGGGUGUAGCAAAGAAGCAUGAUGGUGUGGACGAUUUCUUUGAGCAACUUUCUUUGGUGGUUAAUGUGGUAAGUGGAUCAUGUAAAAGACAAGACAUGCUACGAGAAAGUCAAAGAGAAAGGGUGCAAUUGUCAAUUGCAAAUGGUGAACUUGCAACUGGAAGAGGGUUAAAUCAAGAGAGCUCGCUUAUUCGAGCGGGAGAUACAAGACGGGGUUCACAUUUCAAAACCAUCAUAAGUUUGAUGAACUUAUUUCCGGAGGUUCGUCAUGUUCUUGUUUAUGUCGAAGAGGAAUGA